AAUAGGAGGGCAUAUCUGAACUGAGUUCAUAUCAAGCUUUCAAUCUCUCAUUUCAUCCAACUACACAAGUUCCUGAAGAGUUUACAAGAGACCCAGAAGAUCAAGAUGUCGUGCGGUGGAAGUUGUAACUGCGGUUCCUGCGGAUGCGGCGGUGGCUGCGGAAAGAUGUACCCUGACCUGGCUGAGAAGAUCACCACCACCACCACUACUGCAACCACUGUCCUCGGCGUUGCACCUGAGAAGGGGCACUUUGAGGUGAUGGUUGGCAAGGCAGCUGAAUCUGGUGAGGCUGCCCAUGGCUGCAGCUGUGGCUCCAGCUGCAAGUGCAACCCCUGCAACUGCUAAAGGGGAAGGUUAUCAUGCUGAUGAUCUGUACAAGUAAAUAAAGAAGCCAUUUGGUGUGCAAUGGCUCCAGUGUGUGUGAGUCAGCUUGUUGUUCAUCCUGAUGUACUAAUGUGGACUGUGAAUCUUGUGAGGUGUCCCCUUUGUGUUCUUGUCUGAAUCUUAGAUGCUAUGAUAUGGCCAUUUGUGAUUUGGGGCACCUGAAGUUUUCAGGCUACAUUAUGUUUGUGUCACUAUCUCAUCUGAGCGUUUGGUUCUGAAAAUAUACUAUGGUUUACUUGUGUA